UCAUUCAAAUUGUAACGAAUGUGUUACCGGUUGCGAAGCGUAAAGGCAGCCGUCUGCGAGUACGUAAUUAUUUAUGUAUCAAUAUAAAUAACUAUAAUAAUUCACUAACUGGGGUUUUAUUAAAUGGCUUCUGCAUUAGAACAAUUUGUAAAUACUGUACGAACUCUCUCAUCGCAAGGCAAUUAUAGGGAGCUAUGCGAUUAUUUAUGUAAAGCUAGCGAAAUAUUAAUAAAAAACAAUCCCCAUCUUGAUAACGUACUCGAAACAUUGGAUAUUCAACAACAUUCAUUAGGAGUUCUAGCCAUAUUAUGUGCAAAGUACAAUAUACCUAAUGCUACAAACAUACAAGAAGCUAGAUUUAAUCAAACAAAGGAUUUUAUUAAUAAUUGUAAUGGAGAACAAAUAAGAUUGGCACCAGAUACAUUUGCAGAACUAUGCCAUUUAGUAACAUCAAAUCUAGUAGAACAAAAACAACCAAUGAAAGGAAUAUUGUUACUGCGAAAAGCCAUUUCCAAGUUACAGCUAUUUGACUCGCAACUUACCUCAAUUCAUGCAGAUCUUUGUCAGCUGUGUUUGCUUGCAAAAUGUUUGAAACCUGCCUUGGAACUGCUGGAUAUUGAUAUCAUUGGCAUUUGUCAAGAAAUAAAUACCCAAAUUCAAGGCGGAGCGCAAUUUGACGCCAAAUAUUUUCUUUUGUAUUAUCACUAUGGAGGCAUGAUCUACUUGGCUGUGCGUAACUUAGAACGUGCUUUAUAUUUUUUUGAAGUAGCUAUUACCACACCUGCUAGGGCAGUUUCACAUAUUAUGUUAGAAUCAUAUAAAAAGUACAUAUUAGUGUCUCUACUACUGCAUGGUAAGAUCCAAACAAUACCUAAAUAUGCCUCCCAAGUGGUCUGUAGAUUCAUUAAACCUCUGUCACAGCCUUAUCAUGAGCUUGCAAAUGCUUUUGCUUCCAACAGUACUUCAGAAUUAAAUUCUGUUGUAAAUAAGCACUCAGAGAUAUUCACGAGAGACCAUAAUAUGGGUUUAGUUAAACAGAUUUCGUCAGUUUUAUACAAGAAAAAUAUACAACGACUGACAAAAACCUUCCUAACUUUGAGUUUAUCAGAUGUGGCUAGUCGGGUUGGAUUACCUGGUCCCGCUGACGCCGAAAAAUAUAUCUUACAUAUGAUCGAAGACGAACAAAUUUACGCGACAAUUAAUCAAAAAGAUGGAAUGGUAAUAUUUAGAGAUGAACCAGAGAAAUACAGUGGACCAGAGGUGCUACAAAGUCUUGAAACUCAAUUACAGGCGUGUAUGGAACUUGAUAAACAAAUACUACAAAUGGAUGAAGAAAUUCAGGUGAACCCCCAAUAUGUGAAAAAAGCAGCCGGUCUACAGGAAGACGAACAGCCAACCAAAAGCACUUACGUCAUGUAAGGAAGAAUGUUUUGGAUGAUGUACAUUGUAUAAAAGUAACAACCCUAGAAAUUCUUCUUCAUUAUGUUUAAUUUGUGUUUGUAAGAUUUCAAGUCAUAAGUUUAAUGAAUUAAUACAUUUUUAAGGAA